AUGAAAUUUACUCUGAUGAUUAUCGUGUUUUUAUAUUUUGGUAUAGCUUUAAUAGGUCAGUUUACAAAAUUGUUGGAAGAUAUCGAAGAUGUUUGGAACGCAACAAAAACGAAAGAAGAAAUUGAAAUAAUCAAAAUUUAUGCUGAAGAAGGUAGAAACUAUACUUUGUUUCUUACAGCAUUCAGUUACUUUUCAUUAGGUUUCGUAGAUUUGGUUUCAUUGAUGCCAUGCAUAUUAGAUGUCGUUUUACCACUUAAUAAUACUCGAACUCGUAAAUUUUCAUAUCAAGCAGAAUUUUUUCUCGAUAUAGAUAAAUAUUUUUAUCCUAUUCUAUUGCAUACGUGGAUAACUAUGUUUUUCGGUGUGACCAUACUAAUCACUACAGAAAGCAUAUUUCUUAUGUUUGCUCAACAUUGUUGUAGUAUGUUCAAAAUACUUUGUUACAGAUUGGAACAUAUUUAUGAUAAAAAUUUAGAAAAUACCAAUAGAAAUAACGCCUAUUACGAAGCUCAAUAUAGAAUAGCUGAUUGUAUAAAAUAUCACACAAAAAUUUUAGAGUUGGUAUCAAUGUGGCUCGGAUUCAUUGAGAAAAACGAAUCAUCCGUAGAUUUUUCUUACUACAUGAAAACGCAUCGUCUCAUUGAUUGCAUCAUCAAUGAAUACAUCUAA